GAGUGUGAAUUUAAAAAAAUACAUGUCCAAAUUUGAGGUUAUGUGAGUGCAAUAAGUUUCAGAUGUGCAACCCAGAAAUUUAUCUGUGCUUAUAAUUAUCAAUAUUCGUGACAGUAUUGAAUAAUUAUUUUGAAAAAUUAAUAAUUCUCCAGUGGAAAAAUUAUGUGGAGAGUUAAAAAAAGUAAAUGUGUUGUUCUUUGAGAGGAAAUAUUUUUGAAACCGUUCGGGGGAUUAUUUUUGUGAAAACGUGUUAUGACAGAAAAGUGAAUAAACAUGUUUUGUUGAUAUAUAUGUAUAUCAGGCACACGUGUGUAAAAUGCUUAUCUGAAAUCACUUUUACUGUCAAACUACUCUUUAGUUUUUCGAGCACCUUAAUGUGAAAUAAAAACAUUUUUCAAUUUGCUGCCUGUGUAAAAUGAAAAAGAUGCAGACGGAACAACUGCGGCCAGAACAACUGGUCGGCCUGGUAGCUCGAUCAGCUGAAGGAACAGCAGCAAAGGGAAUGCCCAUCAAGGGCAACGAAGACCUGUGGGUGGAAAUUCAGGCCAACACAUUUAGAAAUUGGGUAAAUGAGCAUUUGAAACAAGCUGGUGAUGCUGGAGGAGGACCUGUCUUAGAUCUCGCUGAGGAUUUCCGAGAUGGCACACGAUUGUGUGCUUUAGUUGAAGUCCUGACCAAGAGACGCCUUCCUCGUUGGAAUCCAAGACCCGCCAAUCAACACCAUCAUUUAGAAAAUGUUUCCACUGCACUGCAAGCCGUCGAGACUGAUGGUGUCAAACUCGUCAACAUUGGUAAUGUGGACAUUGUGAAUGGCAAUUUGAAGUUAAUUCUGGGCUUAAUAUGGUCCCUCAUUGUCAGAUACCAAAUUGGCAAGUCCAAGUUCCCGCCAAGGAAACUGAUGCUUGCAUGGCUCAAGGCCGUUCUGCCAGAGUGCAGAGUGAACAACUUUACGACAGAUUGGAAUUCUGGUGUUUACUUGAGUGCAUUGUUGGAUUAUUGCAAACCUGGCCUAUUUCCUCAUUGGCGGCAACUUGACCCUAAUGAUAGUGUUUACAACUGUCGGAAGGCGAUGGAAAUAGCGAAACAAGAAUUUGACAUUCCAGUUGUACUCGAGCCAGAAUAUUUGGCUUCUCCUUAUUUAGAUGAAUUAUCAGGAAUGACAUAUCUUUCGUAUUUUAUGAAAGAGGGAUCACCAGGUUUUCAUGCAACAAUACGUUGGGUGAAUUCGCAGCUUUCUCAUGCUCCAGUGCGUAAUUUCACAACUGAUUGGAAUGACGGCAGAGCCUUGUGCGGUAUCGUUAGAAAUUUAGGAGGUCCUGCUCCUCCUUACGACAGAAUUGAUACUGCUCCUGCUGCGUGGGAACACAAUUUACAACUAGGUAUCGACAGUGGGAAGAAGCUGGGGGUGGAACCCAUCUUGAAAGCGAAAGACUUGGCCGAUCAGAAUGUAGAACAUUUGGGAGUAAUGGCUUAUGCGGCGUACUUUCAGUGGGUGAAGCCUCGCCCUCAAGCGAGUGAGCAAAUUGCUGUGCACGUAGACAGUACAUCCGCCAGAGUGCAACAGCCGGCGCAUUUCAAAUUAGAAAUGCUAGCAAAAGAAGUUAAUCCACGAGAGGUUCGUGCCGAAAUUGUAAGUCCCAGUGGAAGAUCAGAAUGCCGAUUAAUUUGGAAUGGAACCCACGGGAAAGGAACCUUUAUUCCCACAGAAGUUGGAAUGCAUAAGUUGAUGGUCUACAACGACGGAGAGCUUGUAAAUGGCUGUCCAUAUUAUUUCAGAGUGUUACCUCCCUUAACCAAAAUCAAUUCACCUGGCAUGGAUCCUUGCGCCAUUGGGUCCAUUGUUGAGGUUCUAGUCAAUAGUUACGGAACUAGUCAUGACGGUAUUGACGUAACGGCGUGGUCUCCGACCGAAAGACCUCUUCCAUGUCCUGUGAAGGAACACGACGGAGUUCACACUGCGACAUUUCAGCCUGACGAAACUGGAGAAUGGAGUAUUGCCAUAACGCAUAAAGGAAAUCACAUUCAAGGAGGACCGUUCACGUGCUUUGUAUUCGAUCCCCAUGGUGUUAAGAUUUCAGACACAGAGGGAGCAAUGCCAGGCCAACCAUUUUCCUUCAUCGUUGACGCAACGGGAACAGGCGGCUUGGGUGACAUAAUCAUAGACAUAGUUCACGACAAGCAAUCAAUUCCUUAUCGAAUCGAAGACAUGGGACACAUGCGAUCUCGAGUAUCGUUUAUUCCACGCGAUGCUGGGAAAUAUCGCGUCUACGUUUACUUUAACGGCUCUGACGUUCGUGGUUCUCCAUUUUCGCUUCGUGUUGGCACACAGAAAAGAAGGUCAAAAGAGUCCACGACUUUGGAUAGAACAAAGAUUUCAUCCCUCGAAAGAAGAAUGAACGGAAUUAAUGUGUCCUCGACAGAGAGAUCAAGUCCUAUUCAAAGAACUUACUCCUCAUCAAUGUACAAAUCCCCCAGUCCUACGCAAUCGUCCUUCAACAAAACUUCCAGCAGUUUUGAGAAUCUGAGUACUUUUCAUCAUACUUUAGCAAAUAAUUCUCGAUCCACUUACAAUCACUCUUCGAGAAGUUUGAAUCCUUCGAUUGUCCGCGAGACGAGAGAAAAGGAAAUUUACUCAUCUACGUUCAAUAAGAGUUCUCCAAACGUAAGCAGCAAUUCUUUGAUAAGAAAUACUCAGAGUCCGAAUUUAAUCAAGGAAUCGAAAGACAUUUAUUCCUCGAGUUCGUUGAGUAGAUCUCGUUCUCCAGAUCCAAAUUCUAUGGAAGCGACUAGUCCAACAAUCAUAAAGGAGUCCAAGGACAUUUAUCAAUCAAAUUCAUUAAGCAGAUCAAGAUCUCCCAAUAAAAGUCCCAUGACUUUUGGUAAUCCGCAAAGUCCAAUUAAGAGAAGUUUCAGUCCAAGAGCAGGAGAAAAAGAAGUUUCGGGUAGAAGAGGAUCUGGGGAAAAUGGAGUCGUCGACACCAGCAGCAACGUAAAGGUUUCAUCAAUGUCAACGGGGACAUCUCGUCGCGAUUCUUGGGAUGCCAUCGCCAAAACGAAAUCACUUCUAUCUUACGGCAGUCUUGAAUCAUUGGCAAAUUUAACAAGUAACGGAACUAAUGAACACAGCAGCAAUUCAAACUACGUCAAUAACAAUUAUCGAAAUGGAAACUCUAACGUUCAGCAGAAUUCGUCGACAAAUUACAAUUCAACACAAAAAUUCACGACAUCUGAAUGUGGAACGUCACAAAAAUACACCAUUGAGAGUCAAAAUGGUCGCACUCAUGGCAUUUUAAAGAACAAAAAUAAUAACCAUUACAAGAGUGUCGACGCUAUUGAUGCUACACAUGAACGAUUUUCUCAUAACGGAGUUUCGGAAUAUAGAACAGUUUAUGGUAAAAAUUCACUUGCUGCUGGAAACGCUUUGGAGAUGUUGCCUAUUAACAAGCCAACUUCCUUUACUCUGGAUCCAGGACUCGAUGCUAAUAACGUCACUGUGUUAGUAACAGGACCUCACGGUAAGUCUCUCACAGUUCAAAAAGCGACACUACGAGGAUUGACUUACACAAUAAUUGCUGAUGAAGUUGGUGAACAUAUCAUUCAGGUUCUUGUAAAUGGACAACACAUCAAAGGAUCACCAUUUAGAUCUCAAGCUUACAAUGCUAAGGCUAUUCAAGUGGGAAACAUACCGAAUGGUGUAAUUAAUCAACCAGUCGAAUUUGAAAUCGAUGGCUCGAGAGCUGGUUCAGGGAAUUUGGAAAUCCUCGUCAACGGUGGGCAUGUGACGAGUUUUGUAAGAGCACUAGGUAGUCAGAGAUUCUUGGCUUCUUUUGUACCUCACGAAGCAGUUGCACAUUUAGUAGAAAUGACCUUCAAUGGCGAGACAGUACCCGGAUCACCUUGGCGAGUUGGAAUCAUGCCUGGUCCAAAAAUGUCAGUUGUCGGUGAUUCUGUCAGGCUGGUUCCUGCUGGAAGUCCCGCAUUAUUUGAACUCUCAGCCCUUGGCUUCAGCAGCAGUGAAAUCGACGUGCAAAUUACCACACCAACAAAACGACACAUCACUGCACGAAUCGAUGAAGAGCCAGGGCGAUCUGGAGAAUUUAGAGUUCAAUUCACUCCGGCCGAAGUUGGAAGUCACCUGGUGGAAGUAAGCAUCGCGGGACAAAAGUUACCGGCAGGACCUCUCGUCGCCAAAGUCUACAAUAGCAACCUCAUUCAAGUUACUGACGUACCUAGUGCUGUAGUGGGACAUGCCUGCCAAUUUAGAGUUGAUGCCAGUGCCGCGGGAGAAGGACAAUUGGAAAUCUCAAUAAACGAGGGAGAAGUGCCCAACCACGUGCAAGUGGUGGGAGGAGGUCGAUGCCUCGUGUCCUUUACGCCUGAUGUCGCCAAGCCUCACUACAUUGAUAUCAAGUUCAAUGGAGAAGCCGUUCCUGGGUGUCCCUUUGUUUGCAACGUCUCAGACACGAGUCGAGUUACUCUGAGUCUCAAUCAUCUAGAGUUAAUACCGGUAGAUCAACCCGCCAGCUUUCACAUGGCUGUUGAUGGAAGUGGUAGCGCCGAACUUGCGGUUUCCGUAAGAGGACCAACUAUGGAAUUGCCAGUCAAAGUCACUGGCAAUAUACACAGUGGCUUCACCGCUGAAUUUACGCCAAGAGAUGUUGGUGUGCAUUCAAUUAGCGUCGAAUACAAUGGACAUCCGGUCAACGGAACGCCCUUUUUGGCUAAGGCUUUUAACGCUGAUAAGGUCCUUAUUGGAUCAGUCGCGAGGGGCAGUGUUGGUCAGGCAACACAUUUCAGUGUUGACGCAAGUCAGGCUGGCGAAGGAAAUUUAGAAAUAACAAUAUCGGCACGUGGGCAGAACAUUCCCACUCAAGUGACGCCACAAGGCAAUGCUCGUUUUUCGGUUAGUUUCGUUCCGUUCGAGGCUUGCGAGCACAUUAUAAACAUCGCAUUUAAUAAGCGAACUGUGCCCGGCUGUCCGAUUAUUACGAGAGUGGGUGGCGAUAGUCACGUUACAGUAAGUGGGCAGGCAUUGAGCAGUGCUGGGUUGGGACGGCAAAGUUAUCUUACCGUCAGUAAUGUUGCCGGUAGCUUGGAAGAUUUAGAAGUAAACGUUGAAGAAAAAGUCAAACAAUUAAAUACAAGGCUAAAAAAACAAUUAUUCAGACCCAAUGGACAGGCCGUACCAGCGCAAGUGACCGACAAUAAAGACACGACAUGUUCAGUGGCAUUUACUCCGAGGGUCGUUGGAGAACACAGAAUUUCUGUCAGCCACAGAAACAUCCCCGUGGUCGGCAGUCCAUUCAGCUGUAAAGUCUAUGAUGUCGCUGCUAUCAAGGUCAAGGAUGCCAAACGAGGUGUUAUAGGCUCUCCAGUCACCUUUCUGGUGGAAACCAGUCAAGCCGGACCAGGAAAUUUAGAAGUAACAGUGAAUGGAGGCCGAGUUCCAACUUCAGCCCAAGCUCAGGGUUCUCACACCUAUGCAAUAUCUUUUACACCUCGAGAACCAAUUGUACAUACUGUGGAUUUGCGAUUCAACAGUGAGGACGUACCUGGUAGCCCCUUCAGUUGUCAGGUUAGCGAUACGGCAAGAGUACUGAUAACAGAAGUAUUGGAGAAGGUGUCAGUAAAUCGAAUCGCUACAUUUACAAUCGAAGCAAACCCUUCAUUAGGAUCGCCAGUUAUCGAAGUUCUUUCGCCUACAAGGGAAAGCAUACCUGUUCAAAUUAAACAAACUGAACAUGGUUCCUACAAUGCUGGUUUUACUCCUAAAGAUGUUGGUGACCACAGUGUUGAAGUUAAACUGAGCGAUUCACACGUGGAAGGAAGUCCAUUUCUCGUGAAAGCUUAUAACGCAGAUAAAGUUAAAGUUACGGACAUCAACAAUGGAGUAGUAGGAAAGCCAGUAUUCUUCAGUAUUAAUGCGAGUCAAGCAGGAGCUGGUAAUCUGGAAAUAAUUGUAGCAGUUAAUGGGAAGAAUGUCCCGAAUUACGUUCAAAGUGAAGGUAAUGCAAAAUUCAGAGUCAAUUUUAAACCCCAAGAAGCAGCGAUGCACAGUCUCAGUGUUCGAUUUAAUGGCGAACCAGUACCAGGUUCACCUUUUAGUUGCAAAGUGGUGGGAGCUGGACAGACUUUAAUAACAGGUCACAAUUUAAAAUUGGGAGCUGUCAAACGAUUAAUAUCAUUUAAUGUUGAUCCUCAGACGGCAUCAAUGAAUUGUGAUGUUAUCGUAACACCUCCGUCGAAUAUUGCCCUGCCCAUAACUAUUGAACCAAUUGACGGAAAGUACAAUAUCAGUUUUACGCCAACGGAAGUAGGAAGGCACAAUAUCAGCAUUUUACUUGACGGUGAACCCAUAAAAGGAUCGCCUUUUGCUUGCAACAUUUAUGACGUCACUAAGGUUCAUGUAUCCGGACUUUCGGAAGCUCUACUGGGACAGGCAUCAACGUUUACCGUGGAUGCUGCGGAAGCUGGGGAGGGUACAUUAGAAUUGGUAGUAAGCACUGAAAACAAUACCGUAAAGGCAGAAGUUGUUGCUUGCGCUCGAGGACUCUAUGACGUUACCUUUGUUCCCCAAACAACCAGCACUCAUUACGUUAAUAUCAGUUUUAACGAUGACAAUGUCCCAGGGAGUCCGUUCAAAUGCCCAGUCGUCGGUAGCAUUCUCGAUGGGCCUUCAAUGAUCCGGGUUGGAAAUAUCGCUUAUAUGGAUCUGGAUAUGCCAAGUCUCGCUGGUCCAGUGUCUGCCGAAAUUACAAGUCCAGAUGGCAUUAUUAUUCCUUGCGCAUUGACAAAAAUCUCCUCCAAUCUCUAUCGUGUGGAAAUAAGAACGAGACAAGUCGGGAUUUACAAUGUAAUUUUUAGCGAUGGUCCAAAAAUGAUAAGUUCUCAGAGUCUGCAGGUCUUCGAUCCAACCAAAGUGACCAUCAAAGAAAUAUCCGACACCGUCUGUCAUCGUCCAGGCACAGUUUUAGUUGUCGCUUCGAAGGAGGCCGGUCCUGGGAAAUUGAGCGUAAACGUCAGGGCGGGAGGUGCAGAUGUUGACAGUUUAGUAAGAGAAAGAGAUAAUGGCGUUUACGAAGUUAUUUUUCAUCCAACGCGAGCUGCUCCACAUCGGGUUCACAUUAAGUACAAUGACGUUCACAUUCAAGGAAGUCCGGUUGAAGUUGCCGUGAGGGGUCCCACGGGGGGAAGAGAAGUCACAUCAACGGGAUUGGGAUUGUAUCAAUCUUGUGUGGGUAAAAUUACAUCUUUUACGAUUGAAACGCUGGGACGUCCGGGAAAGGAGUUCGAUGUAGUGAUUAGUGGACCACAAGGCAAUGCAGUUCCUGUGCGAUGUUAUCAGCAUCGAGAUGGGAAUUUGUUAGCUGAAUUCACAACUCAUUUAACUGGAACUUAUAAAAUUGACGUAUUACAAGGAGCAAAACCGGUAUUAGGUUCACCAUUUUUCUGCCAAGCUUUCGAUCCAAAUAAAAUAAAAUUACAAGAACUGGGACCAACAACAGUGGCUGUUCACGACCACGUUGCACUCAAAUUGAUUAAAACAGAUGCUGGCAUGGCCGAACUGGAUGUGACGGCCACGAGUCCUCUGGGACAGGAACUUCCUCUGCAAGUCACACCGCUCAACGAUGGAGCGGAGUUGAUUGAAUUCUCACCCAGUGUUCCUGGAACGUACAUGAUUAAUGUCACCUACGGAGGUUGCACUGUUCCUGGUAGUCCAGUAAAAUGCACUGUGGAAGCAGCAGGACAAGCUAGAGCAAAAGGAGAUGGUUUAUUGACUGGAGUCGUAGGAAAACCAGCUCAUUUUGUAGUAACUGGUACCCGUAGUCCUCCAGCUGUACAGGUUGACGGUCCUGACAGUAUAUCCAAAGCCACCAUUGAAGCAGGAGCGAAUCCCGGAACUUGGAAUGUGUCGUAUUCGCCAACGGAAGUAGGAGUUUUUGACGUUAGAGUCGUGUGCGCUGGGCAGCAACUGCCAGGUUCCCCCUGGCAUCCAAAGAUAAUUGACACUAAAAACUUACGAGUCAUAGGAGGCUGGGGUGCUUUGUGUGAUGAAAUGGGACGAUUAAAAAUUCACGCUUCAAAUAAAAUAAGUUUUGAUACUUCAGAAGCUGGACCUGGUGAACUGACCGGUAAAAUAGGAGAUCAUCCCCUAUCUUUUGAAAUGACUUCUAAUAACAGGCUGAAGCUUGUUUCACCACAAAUUAAUGGCGGAGAGCAUCGAUUUGAAAUAUCAUUCAAUGGCGUUCCAUUUCCAGGUGCACCGAAACUUGCAGUUGUCGAUGGAGAGCAAUUUCAAGACACAAGUAGAGUAAUGUUGCGGGGAAGAGGUCUAACGUCAGCUAAAUGUGGUGAAGAAGUUAGUUUUACGAUUGACGGUUCGCAGGCCGGAAGUGGAACACCGAAGGUUCAACUUUUCUCACCGACUAAUGAAGUCAACGUAAAUGUCCAGCAUUUAGGUGACAGUGUUUAUCGAGCCAGCUAUGUACCUCUCACUUCUGAUUCACUACUAAUGACUGUCUCGUGGAAUGGAAGACAAUUGAAAGGAUGUCCCUUACAAAUUAAUGUAACAAGUGCAGCUGAUGCCUCGCGUGUAGUUUGCUCCGGAGAGGGACUCAAGUACGGAAUUGUUGGACAGGAGAUAAGAAGUUUUAUUGAUACAAGAAGAGCAGGUCCUGGAGAAUUAACUGCUCAUUGCGAUGGACCGCACAAAGUUGCCUACUGUGAACUUUACGAUCAUGGAGACGCAACAUUCACAUUAAAUGUGAAACCUCAGGAAGCAGGAAGACACUCACUGACGAUAAAAUAUGCCGGCGAACAUGUAACUGGCUCUCCAUUUACUUUAAGAGUUUCCGGUGCACCUGAUGCAUCUAAGGUUCGAGUUUAUGGGCCAGGAAUAGAACAUGGUGUGCUAGCAACAUUCCAGUCCCGGUUUAUUUGCGAUACCAGAGGAGCUGGAGCGGGCCAAUUAACUGUAAGAGUUCGAGGACCGAAAGGAGCGUUCAGAGUUGAAAUGCAGAGGGAAACGCAAAAGGAUCGAAUUAUAUUGUGUCGAUAUGACCCCACUGAACCUGGAGAUUACAGGGUUGAAGUGAGAUGGGCCGGUGUUCUCGUACCUGGUUCGCCAUUCCCUGUUAAAAUUGUCGACACACAGGAUGAAUUAUUAAUGCUAACACAGAGCGCUGACACAUACUCAACGAGCCAUCAUACUCUGACAUCGUGGCGCGGUUCACAAGCAAUAUUAUAAGGACCAAGCAUAACAAUGUUAUUACUUUAUAAGAACUAAUAGAUUUAUUUUAUUAUUAUUAUUAUAUAUUAUAACUUAUAUAAGAGUUUUCAAUAAAAUAUUUAUCAAAA